AUGAAUGAUUCCUUGGAAAUCUUGGAUAGUCGCCAUAACAGACAUAUGCCGAUUAGAGAUCCUGGAUAUAUCAUAGAAGCAAAGAGAGAAGCAGCUAAAAAAGAAAAUAUUCGAAAAAGUUUUCGGCAAAGUACAUUACAUGAAAAUGUUGCUAAUAAGGAACAAGAAACAUUAGAUAUUUCAUGUACAAAAACAGAAAUUACCACUGCUGCGCUUGCUCGAGAUAUGGAGCAAGAUGAUGAUUGCACGUACAUUGGUACAAGUCAUAAGGAUGUAACCGAAGAGGACAAAGCAAGACGACAAAUAAAUUUAGAUGAAGUUGUCAUACCAAUUUCUUUGGUGAGAGAAAAUGUCUUGUCUGAUAAUAUGUUAAAUGAUGAGUCUUUAGAUUCAUUUUUACGCGUCAUAAGAGAAACGACUGAAUUUCAAACGCAAAGUGUGCAAUAUCAAGGAUGUCUUGAUUAUAUUGACGCUAGUCAAAGUAAAAGUGAAGGCAGUAAGGAGAUAACUGCUGUACAUUGUGCCAGCUGUACAGAAACAAACAAAGAAAAUAUUAAGAAAAGAGGAGCACUUAAAUUACCAUCGUUAUCGCUGUUGGCACCGCCAUUAUCACAGCCAUCCGCGGCAAAGAAAACACCAGCCACGCCAGGACAUACGUCUGUGCCGUCUGCUCCUGAUAUUCCCGCGCCAUCCGCGGCAAAAAAAACACCGGCCGCGCUAGGACAUACGUCUGUGCCGCCUGCUCCUGAUACUCCCGCGCUAUCCGCGGCAAAGGAAACACCGACCGCGCCAGGACAUACGUCUGUGCCGCCUACUCCUGAUACUCCCGCGCCAUCCGCGGCAAAGGAAACACCGACCGCGCCAGGACAUACGUCUGUGCCGCCUGCUCCUGAUACUCCCGCGCCAUCUGCGGCAAAGGAAACACCGACCACGCCAGUACAUACGUCUGUGCCGCCUGCUCCUGAUACUCCCGCGCCAUCCGCGGCAAAGAAAACACCGGCCGCGCCAGAACAUACGUCUGUGCCGCCUGCUCCUGAUACUCCCGCGCCAUCCGCGGCAAAGAAAACACCGGCCGCGCCAGGACAUACGUCUGUGCCGCCUGCUCGAAACUAUUCUUACGCGCCACCAUCAUCAGCCGCGCUGCGCGGAAGAGGAAUUAUACAUGCGCCACGACCACGUUAUUUGCCGCCAAUAACACAUAAGCAAAUGAAGAAUAUGUUACGACGUGCACUUCAAAGAGAGAGGAAGAAAGUUGGUACGCAGCUUACAGCAAAAUGUGCAUCGGAGGUUCCACCCGCGCCGCAUGCACCAAAAUAUACAUCCGCACUAUCCGCACACAGAGAAACGUGUGCACUCGCAUCCGUACCAGAAUAUUCCAAAUGUAUUCCCGCUCUACCCGCGCAAGGAUAUACGCCCGCGCCAGGAUAUACGUCCGCGCCGCCCGUGCAAGGAUACAUGACGGCUUCGUCUGCGCAAGCAUAUACGGUCGCGCAGACCGCGUCAGGAUAUACCCCCGCACCGUCCGUAUCGGGAUAUACUACGACUUCGCCCGCACCAGGAUAUACCCCCGCGCCGCCCGUAUCGGGAUAUACGACCACUUCGCCCGCACCAGGAUAUAUACUUGCGCCGGUUGCGCCAGGAUAUACGCUCGCGCAAGGACAUACACCCGUGCCGACCGCGCAAGCGUAUACGCCCGCACCACCCGUAGGAUAUACAACUGCUCUGUCCGCGCCAGGCUAUACAACCGCUCCGACUGCGCCAAGCUAUACGACCGCUCCGCCCGCUCAAGGAUAUACACCGUCCGCAAUAUAUAAUCCCGCGCCACCCGUUUCAGGAUACACGACCGCUCCGCCCGGAUAUAUGCCGACCGUGCAAGGAUAUACAUUUAACCAUUUUUCAACUUAA